AUGAACUUUAGUCUCCCUCCUCGCCCGCAGUAUAAUUCUCAACAGCAUUUUGGGCGGAACGUUAGACGCAACCCAACCUGGGGAGUGGGCUCUGGUUAUCACGCCCAAGACAAGAUCAGAUACAUUCAUGCCAACUAUCGCUUCGUUGUCAAACCUUCCGGUGACUAUCGUGCCCAAGCCGUUGACGCGGAUGUACACCUCGAUUGGGAUAAUGUCUUGCAGAUCUUGGUUUCCGCGCAAUCGCAGGCCACCAACUGUCCUAUCUGCUUGUCAAAACCAGUGGCUCCCCGAAUGGCGAAAUGUGGCCAUAUAUUCUGCUUGCCAUGUCUCAUACGUUACAUGCACUCUACUGAUGACACAAAUCCCAUCCCAGAGAAGCGAGCUAGAUGGAAGAAGUGCCCAAUAUGCUACGACAUCAUUUAUAUUUCCGAGACGCGGCCUGUGCGGUGGUUUGUUGGUCAGGAAGGCGAACGUCCUCAGGAAGGGACCGACGUUGUGCUCAGACUUCUGAUUAGGAGACCUGGAAGCACCCUUGCUUUGCCUCGUGAUGGCGCUGAGAUGCUUGAGAAUACGGAAGAGAUACCUUGGUAUUCAGCUGCAGAGGUUAUGGAUUACGCUCGGAUCAUGAAAGGAAGUGAGGACUACAUGAUGGAGCAAUACGACGAAGAAGUUGAGGAGCUACGGCAGCAAGAGAGAGAGGAUGAAUUGAUGUUUGGCGAAGAUUCUCAGUGGACAAGGAAAGCUUUCGCGUCUAUUGACGAAGCGACAAGGAAAAUUGAAGGUAUUGGUAAUCCACCAAGUGCGCCUCAAGUACCGAGAGAAAGAAAGCCUCGACGUCCACCUAUUGAAUAUCGAACGGAUACUGAUGAAAUGCCCGAGCACUACGUACACCAACAUGCUCAGAGAUCUGGUCAGUCGUCAUCAAGGGGCUCUGUCAUUGCUCAGUAUGAGAGAUCUGGCUCAGCCGUAGCCACGGAGACAUCCAGAAUACCAGGCGCCCGAAAUCAAGCCGCAAAGAUUGCAGACGGUACUAGCUCCUCAUCGGCUGAAGCUCUCCUCCACUUCUACCUCUCAUCGCUUGACAUAAGAAUACUCAAGGCAGCAUUUGGAGACUAUCCUUCCUUCCCAACCACGAUUCUACCACGAGUGGAACACGUUUCAACUGGGCACAUUUUAGAUGAUGAGCUCCGAAAGCGAGCGAAAUAUCUCGGCCACCUGCCCCACGGCUGCGAAGUGGGCUUCCUGGCAUGUGACUGGACUGACGUUGUCUCUCCUGAGAUUUUGGAGCAUUUUGGUUCCGAAAUCGAACGUAGACGUAAAAGGAACAACGAAAAAGCAACGCGCGAGGAGAAGGAGCGGCUUCGUGCAGAGAAAGAAGAAGACGACAAACGAUGGGCUACCGCACGCAGGAAGAGACCCAGUCUCAGUCAUGACAUUCACUCUGGUGUGGAGUUCCAGCCAUUACCCGAUCCCUCUGCAGCGGACAUUCAUGCAUCGUCGACUUCACCCCCUUGGGUCGGAUCAAAGGGGCAGCAAGGCUCGGCAUUUGCUACAUUAGCAUCGCCAUCUACGAGUCCAACAACUCAAAGGACCGUCUGGGGAACACGAAUUGCAGCACCUUCGACACCACCAACAGCUCCUAUCGAUGGAGACGACGAAGUACCAGGUGACGACGGUUGGCUCCAGGACUGGGAAACACAGCUGCUUCGCGACGAAGAGCUGACAGCUCAGAUCGAAGGCAUGCGAAUCGAAACGAGCAAUUCAACACAGGUCGUGGCGAGUAGUGGCAAGAAGAAGAAGGGCAAGAAAAUCACACUAAUGAGCACGAAUGCACGUAGAGGAGCUUGA